UGCGACGCCGGCAUUUGCUAUGAUUGGUCAAUUCAAAGGAAGCGGCAAUAGGAAGAAUGGCUCCGGCGGCCGAAAUUGUGCAAAAGAGAAAGCGGCAAAGUGCGCUGGUGAUGGAUGAAUGGCUUGCUGAAUUUAUUAAAAGGAUUAUUCUGAAACUCCCAUUCUCAGAGACAGCGACCAUCCUUAAAACGUGGGGAUUCUUAACAGAGAGUGAAUUGCAAACCUUCACAUUACGAUAUCCCAAGGAGGUUACAGCCACAGAAGUGGUUCGUUUCUGUGAGGCAAGAAAUGCUACAUUGGAUCAUGCUGCAGCACUGGACUUAGUUUUUAAUCAUGCCUAUUCAAAUAAAAAAACCUGGACAGUUUAUCAAAUGUCUAAACGUUUAGAGUCUGAAAAUGAUCUCUUUGAUGCAUCAGAAUUCAAACUUCAAUUUAAAAAGAGCAUUCAUGCAGUUUCAAAAAAUGUGACCAUCAACUUCAAAGAGUUUGGCGAGGCACUGUGGAUUCGAAUUGCUUGGGGAACUCACAAUUCAAGGCCGAAUCAAUACAAGGCCACAUUUGCGGUGUAUCACUCUCAGACACCGUAUGUCUUUAUUACCGGCCUCGGAAAGGCAUGUCAGCCUCUAAUGUGCCAGGCACUUGUCAUAGCCUCCAAAUACAGUCAGAUUCAGGAAAUGGAGCUCAAGGGUCGAUGCCUGGAAUCCCUAAAGGAUAUUGUUUUUAAGCGGUUUAAUCAGCCCUUCUCUUCACAUCACUCAAAACCUCAUGAAAAAGCCCUGACUCCAAAUAUUGUUGAUCCAAGGGUCACCUAUGAAAAUAUGCGAGAAAAAGACAGAGUUUAUCAUCUGACUUGUGAAACCUUUGGCGAGGGUCCACUUCCAAAACUAGAACUUGCCUCCUACAAGCUUGAAACUAUGUUCAAAGCAGACUCUGCAAUGAGUGGUAAUUUAACUGCUGUAAACGAGCCCUUCCGAUGUGUUGUCAAGUUUUCCAGCCCCCAUCUUCUUGAGGCCAUCAGAUCGUUAGCACCAGCUGGUAUUGCAGAAGCACCGAUUUCCACUUUACUUUCUUGUAUUCCUCACAAGGCCAGGAAUAGUUUUAAAAUCACAGAAAAGCGAAGCAUGCAUCCUUCAAGCAGUCAACCCACCAAUGUUUGAACAUACACUUGGAAAGGCCUGUUGUAUUUCAGAACUUUUUUAGAGAUCUUUAUAUUUUAAAGCAUUUUUGCACAACUCCACUUGCUUGCCUUGGCUUUGUUACUAGUACCUCACAUACAUAUAGACUAGCAAAGUAAAUUUGUAUAAAUUCAUGGCACACAAGCUGAUCCAGAUGUUCUUUGAAUUGUAGAUGUAUUUUUCUAAAGUUAAUGUUUUUAUACUAAUAAUGACACUUUGCACCUAAACUUUACAGCAUGUAUAAGCCUCUGGCUUCUACAUUAUUAUAGUUUUUUCAAUAAUUGACACUUUGAGGGGUGCAUUGAUCUGCACAAACAAUAAAUGUAUUUAACUAGGCCUGUAUAUAUAGAAAUUUGUAUUGACUAAGUUGCCGCUUUUGUAGGUUUAAACUAAGUUAAUAUAAGAGGGUUUAUUUACAAAGGGGGGAACAUGGUGCAAACUGCCACAUUUCCCCUACCUUCUUUGCAACCAGUGUUGUUGGAGACAACUUUUUGCACUUCCAGUAUGACACACAAAGCAUUGUGCAGACUACAUGAUCUGCUACUUUGCCAGGAGCAAGUUUUAGCGGUUGUACCUUUUUACAUACAUGGAAUUCACACUGUGCUCUUUUGAAGUACAUAUCAGUGAACGGUACAUCUGAAGCCCUGUUCUUAAUAUCUGUUUUUGUAACCCAAAAAGUACACUAUCCCUUGCACACGGAGCUCUACAUCUUGCAGAAGAUGUGCUGUCUAAGGUACAACUGGCUCAAGUUUCAGUGCCCAGGAGUUACACAAUGGGCAUGCACUAUAUAGUGUUUACUAAAAGUGCACAGAACUUGCAUCUGCUCCUAGUUCAUGAACCAUAUAAUGUUCAUGUAUUUUAAACUUGAAGCCAUAGAAUUUAAC